AUGAAAAAUAAACUGAGCAUGAAGCAAAUCCUGGUGACUCUCUUCGAUGCAUGUUUGUGCAUAAAACAUGUUGAGUGUAACGUGUUUCAAAAUUCUAACGCAGACAUCAAGAACGGGUAUUUAUGUCACGAGGAUGAAUACGUAUCCCACGAGACGACGUCUGUGCCAGGAGUAGGACGAAGGAGAAUUAAAGUGCUAAUAACUAGGAAACAGCUGGAUCGCUUGUUGGAGAAGCAAGUUUCACUUGAGCAGCUGGUUUUUGUGAAUCAAAGAAUGUUUGUCACAUCUUUCAACGAAAAUAAGUGGAAACCACGGCUUGAAUGCAUCCAUGAAACACCUGAAUUGUAA